GAGGGUUAGGUGCUCCAUCCCCGGACUAUAGUGGAACUGUCCCUACCUGAAUCCCUCGCCAUGGUUGAGGGAGAUGCUUAUCCCGUAGCAUUACGUUCUGGUCGUGUGAGCGCACACAAGCUCGCACAUAGCCGGCAUUCAAACAAUACACUCGUCGUAAGAUUGUCGUUGGAUUUUCAGUGACAAAACAGAUCGUUCAUGUGAAUCUUCGGCAACUUUUGUCCUCCACAAAAGAAAGAAAAAGAGUUUGCACGGCUUAUUCACGAUUGCCCAAAAAUGCUUUCGACUCUACUAGUCUCUAGCCUUAGUCGUACGACGAUGAUGUGACCGGGCCCUCACUGGGUUUUCCAUAGGUUCCUUUCCGCUCUAUGUAUUUAGAAAAAAAUCCGAAACGCAUAGAAAAUCCCGUUGUCCAAACAGUCUAAAUAUCUCCGUAAAUAAGAUGCGUCUAGCCAAUGACACUAUUUAGGGAUAUAUAAAUAACGCCCUUGGUUUAGCAUCAUUCGUUUUCUAUGAGGUCAUUGUUUCACCUGUAUUUGUUGAAACGUUACGGUCCGGUGGAUUUCCCCGAAUAGGUUCUCGUUAAAGCCACCAAUAUCUCACCACCCCACAGGAUUGAUCUUUUCUCGGUAAGUGAAAACAAACAAAUGUCGUCUUCCUGUGCCUUACAUGUGAAAACAAGUGUGGCAGACAAAGGUGGUCUUCGACAGGGGGAGUCGCAUUGUUCAGAAGUCAGCUGACCGCAUUUAAAAAUUAAUACCUCGUCGGACAGUAGUCAAACCGGUUGUGUGGCUAUAGACUACAGACACAGUACAGGUAGUCUGGUCACGAUAGUCUGUUCUUAGUGUUGUUGUUUGCGCUUUAUACAAGUGGGCACAGCACUGACACGGUAAAGAUCGGACUGGAGGCUGCACCCAAUAUUUGCAGACACAGAAUACUGACAGAACAACAUGGUACUCAGUUUCAGGAUGCAGACAGCGCUGUUCCAGGCUGUCCCCUUCCCCCCUGUGGUCCUCUGGCUGGUGGUCAGCACGCUUCUGGUCGGCAUCAUCAUAUCUGUCCGCCGUCGGAGGUCUUCAAGAGCCCAGAGCCCGCGUGCAAAGACGGAGUGUUGUAACGGUACAUCAGCGAAGAAGAUUCAAACGGAUUCCUACCACUCUGUAGAACUGUUAGGGACAAGUGCUGACUUGAGACUGACAAUCAGCAAGGAGACCAUCGAUGUGCAGUGUGACUGUCACUGUUGUAACACUGAUUUUCAGGACUUGGUAAAAGUGACAUGCGCAGACAAACCGUUGGAAAUUGUUCCGUUAGGUAUGCGGUGUUAUAAAGAACUCUUAUGCACAUUGAUCUUCAUGUUGCUUUACGAAGUAGCAUUCCAUGUAUUCUGGAGAGAGGACGUGCUUGUAGGAAUUGCAGCCAUCAAGUUUGUGCAGUUCAUGACAAUUGUGUUAGGUGUCCUCUUCGCACACGUCUCCUUGGUGCAAACAGAAGAUGGGCUAACACGCUUGGAGCUGGGAUUGAGAGUCAUCAUACAGAACAAGCUUGUCUGUUUAAUGAGUUAUGUGGCUCUCGAAAGUAUCCUACUGUACGGACGGGUUGCUGAGGUGAUUGUCGAGGUCUCAGAAGAUACCCUUUGUGGCAUCGUAGUUAUUUAUGUAUGCAUAUACUCAUCGACAAUUGGCGUGAUACAAAAUAUAUGUUUACAACCUCUCUUCAAGUUCACGAUCGCCACACAGAUACCCAUCAUUGUCAUCUUAACAAACCUGAUCAUCUCCGCUCUGUUAAAUACCUUCUUUCUCAUCAUGGCAUGUUUGUGGUUGAUGCUGUCUGUUACUCUGUUUGUUGCUGAGAUUAUUUCAGCCUUCAGACACAUAGACCACCUCCACAAGUCUGUAGUACAGAAGGAAUCGCUAGAUGGCGUUAUUAUAAAGGUGUGACUUGAACAAAGCUGCUUUACAACUGCAUGGAUUUUCAGAGCAUAAACAUUCCACGCCCAUUGGUGAGUUUUACAGGAGUCUUUAUCUUGAAAGUGCUGUCAGAUUAUGGACAGAUGGCUACACAGAAACGUAAGUUUUUUAUGACCAGAGGUAAAAAACUUGAGCUCUCAACCGGACUGUUUUGUUGUGGAACAGGCACCAUUUUUAUAUCACCCCAUUAAAUAGCACUGAGAACUCAAGAGGAAAUGCAAAUCAUUACUUUUCACACUUUCUCUUGGUGUCUCCAGAAACAAUCAGCGACACCACUGGCUCAGGAUACAUAACACCAUUGUGUCACACAUUUUUUCUUAACAGUGCAAUACUAGUAUGUGAAAUUGUUGUGGUACACAUAUCUAUCAACAUUUGCUUUACCCGACAUCACUGAUUGUACAAUCCAUUUCUGAUAUUACUUUGUUUUACAUUUUAUUGUCAAUGUACUUUUCAAAGGUUAAUUCACAAGAAAGUUUUUACUAUUGCUGCUAAUGCUUUUGCUUUUCUGACUGAGAGAACAAUUGAAUGUUUAUAUGAAUUCAAAGCAUUAUUUUGAUUGUAAAUAGCUUAUAAUUAUCAGCCUAUGGACUGUGUAGACAUUUUCAAAUUUAAUUUUGAAUUCAUGUAGUACAAAAUGAUAGGAUAGCAAUAAAUAUAUAUACUUGGAAUAAAAUUGAACUUUUCAUGUCUUCCUUGUAGCCCACAUGUAACUUUACAUAGUAAGAUAGUUAUUGAACAUUUGAAGUCUUAAUUAGUCGGAUAUUUGAGUAAAACGAAGACACAGAAAAACAGCAGGCACCAACGAUAGUUCAUGUCAUCUUAGGACAAAAAUUCAAUAGAUGUAAGGAUAUUCUUCCUGGUCAUUCUUACAAUUAUCAGUCUUAGAAACAUAUCUAUCACCCCUAAAAACAUAAGUGGAUCAGUCCUUUUCUGUAUAGAGAAUGUGAUAACUGGAUCACAAAAUUCUGUCGUGGGGGUAGGGGAAAAUAUCAGUGGUAAUUUUUUGGACAUAGAUAAACAUACUUCAACAAAAAAAGGCCAUGGAUACUUGACUUUUGAAGUUACAUACUGAAAGAACAGUAACCAUGCAAACUGUG